UAAACAUGCAUUUAACUUCCGUCACAGCGUUAAAAAAUUGAUUCACUUAUAUAAUAAUGAUUUGAUCACUUGUGUAAACAAAUUGGUAUAAAUGUAAUACUUCUAGUCGUGUCCAGAACAGACUGAACAGUUCAAUAACAGCCGAAGCAAUGCUAUAGCAGCCAGGUAGAUGAUAAUUGUGAAUACGUAAGUGAUGAGUAUGGUCACAUUAGGAGUAGAACCUGAGGUUGCUGUUUUUGGUAGGGGAGAGAGGGUCGGCUUAUCUUACAGUGUCCCACCGAAGAAAUGCGCAAUUUUGGGCAUCGAUGGGAUGACCUGCAACUCUUGUGUGCAAAACAUUCAAAGUAAUAUCAGUAAUGUUGAUGGCGUCGAGUGUAUAAACGUCUCUCUUAAAGACAAAGAAGGCCGUAUCAUAUUUUUCCCGGAUGAAACAAACGAGCGAGAUCUUGUGACCGAAAUUGAAGAUAUGGGGUUUGAUGCGUUUAUUAAGGUUGUCGAGCAGCUUGGUGUUGAGGACAAGUCACCUUCGACAUCCUUGCCCGAGAACACAAUAGAGACGAAGUUUAAAGUGUAUGGUAUGACCUGCCAGUCAUGCGUUCGUGCCAUAAAGCAAAACCUCUCAGAGAUUACUGGUUUUCUCGAUGCUCAAGUUUCAGUAGAGGACAGUGAGGCUAUUGUAAGAUACAAUUGUAGUGAAACGAACGCCGCUAUUUUGAAACAAUCCAUUGAAGACUCUGGGUUUGAGGUUUACAAGGAAGAUGAAAUUGGCAGCCAUGACCCGAAGAAAAUUGCCAUCAGUAUUUCGGGAAUGACUUUUCCAUCAUGUGUGGACACUAUUCGACAAACGCUGGCGUCAACAGACGGGGUUAAGGAGUUUGAUGUUGAGUUGAACAGUGAAAAGACUGAAAUCGUUUACCAACCAGCAAUAAUUGAUCCGGCCACAAUUAUCAAAUUAAUCCGAGAAAAAGGUUUUGAAGCCGGUGUAAUUUAUCCCAAUGGUAGAACACCUCAGUACAAACUAGUAUUAAUUGCUAUUGAAGGAAUGACAUGCAACUCUUGCGUUAAAAGUAUCGAGGAAACGAUUGGUGAUACACCUGGUGUUAAAUCUAUCAACGUUUACCUGGAAGAGAAAUUGGGAAAGAUUGUGUUCAAUCCGGAUCUCAUCGGAGAAAAUGAUUUGAAGAAUGCAGUUGAUGAUAUGGGAUUUGAAGCCGCGAUAAAAGAACACGAAAAACCAGUUCAAGCGGAUUUUCAAGACGUGAAAUACAAUGCCAUUGAUCAUGGUUCAGAUGUAGAUGAAUGCAGCGAUGAGGAACAGCAAUUGUUGUUUCAAAAAAGCGGGAAAUGGGAGGCGUCCUACGUUCCUAAAGGCAAAACAAAGCGCAACGGCCAUGUGGAUAUCAACCCUGAACUCGUAACCAAGGCAUUCUUUCAUGUGACUGGAAUGUCAUGUGCGUCAUGCGUUGCUACGAUCGAAAAAAGUUUGUUAAAGAAAGAAGGGGUUAUUUCGGUACUGGUGGGGUUACUCGCUCAGAAAGCUGAGGUGAAGUACGACCCAACGAAAACAAAUCCAGAUGUAAUAUCCAAAUGGAUCGUUGACCUAGGAUUUGAAAGCAAACCUAUGAGCCACAAUGAAGGAGCACAAAGUCAUGUGGAAGUUAUUAUAAGUGGUAUGACAUGUUCGUCUUGUGUGCAUCACAUUGAAAGCAGUCUAAAGAAGAAACGUGGUGUGCUGAAUGUGUCGGUAGCACUCGCUACUGCAAUUGGUCGUGUUUCAUAUGAUGCUGAGUUAACUGGACCGCGAGAUAUUAUAGACCACAUUAACGACAUGGGAUUUGGUGCGGAACUUGCGACCGAUCGCAAACAUGGGCAAGCCCUGGAUCACUCGGAGGAAAUUAAACGAUGGAGACGUUCAUUCUUCAUUUCGUUGAUAUUUGGAUUACCUGUUAUGGUUAUCAUGAUAUAUCACAUGAUUGAGAUGAAGAUACACGGCAAAAGACCCGUUUUACUUUUGAUUCCUGGACUAUCACUCGAAAAUCUCCUUUAUUUUCUACUAUGUACUCCAGUCCAGAUAUUUGGAGGAAGGUACUUCUAUAUUCAAGCUUAUAAAGCUAUAAAACAUGGCGGGGCAAAUAUGGAUGUCUUAAUCAUGUUGGCAACAACCAUAGCGUAUCUCUACUCGGUUUUAGUGUUGGUAAUUGCCAUGGCGCUCCAAUUUCCAAAAAGUCCCAAAACAUUUUUCGAAACUCCCCCAAUGUUGUUAGUGUUUGUAUCAUUGGGUCGCUGGCUGGAAAAUAUCGCGAAAGGAAAGACCUCGGAAGCUCUGGCAAAGUUGUUAUCGCUCCAGCCAAUAGAAGCAACGUUGUGUACUAUUGAUCCUGCAACCGAUAAUAUUUCCGGUGAAAAGUCCAUCAAUGUUGACCUGGUUCAACGUGGGGACGUUUUAAAGGUUGUGCCGGGUGGUAAAAUGCCGGUAGAUGCCAGAGUCGUACGUGGUGAAUCAAUGGCAGACGAAUCACUGAUCACUGGUGAGUCAAUGCCAGUUCCAAAGCGUGUAGGAGAUAUGGUGAUUGCUGGCUCCAUCAACCAAAAUGGCGUGUUAAUUCUGGAAGCAACUCACGUUGGUGAGGAAACGACCCUUUCCCAGAUCGUGAAGCUUGUUGAGGAGGCCCAAACAUCAAAGGCACCCAUUCAAAAGCUGGCAGACACCAUAGCUGCGUAUUUUGUCCCUGUUAUAGUAAUACUUUCCAUAGCCACGUUGAAUGUUUGGAUCAUUGUUGGUUACACUGAUAUAACUGCCAUAGAUGCAUCUUACGAUCCAUCCAAGUCCAGCAAAACAGAGGAGAUAUUGGAAUUUGCUUUCCUAACCGCCAUCACUGUGUUGUGUAUUGCGUGUCCAUGUGCCUUGGGCCUGGCAACACCGACCGCUGUUAUGGUAGGCACUGGUGUGGGGGCUCAAAACGGCAUAUUGAUUAAAGGUGGAGAACCGCUAGAGACCACUCACAAAAUCACCACAGUGAUUUUUGACAAGACUGGUACACUGACGAAAGGAACGCCUUCGGUUACGAAAAUUUCCAUGUUCGUUGACGAUGAGGUUUGUCCCGCGAAUUUCUUCUUGGCUGUUGUCGCUGCCGCUGAGGCAAACAGUGAUCAUCCUCUCGCGUAUGCUAUCACAAAUAAUGCCAAACAGAAAUUUGGCAAGAGUACGUUUGGAUCGUGUGAUAAGUUCGUAUCUGUGCCUGGCUUUGGUCUGUCUGGUGUUGUUUACGAUAUCGAUCAACAGUUUACGAAAACAGGUGACACUGCCACAUCUGCAGCAGAUGAUAGAAGUGUUUGGAAACAAAGAAGUUUGGUUAAAGAAUCGUCUGAUGGCAGAUAUUCAGUGAAAAUUGGCAACCGUGAAUGGAUGUUGAAACAUAAGCAAGAGGUGUCUGAAGAAAUAAAUCUUAGUAUGAUGGAACAUGAAGAAAAAGGCGAAACAGUUGUACUUGUUUGUAUUGAUGAUCUAAUUGUUGGCAUGAUAUGCAUAGCGGACUCGCCAAAACCAGAGGCCAUACCUGCCGUCUCUACCUUACAAAGAAUGGGAAUCAAAGUCGCUAUGUUGACUGGGGACAACACACGAACUGCUUGGGCGAUUGCGCAACAAAUUGGCAUAACAGAGGUAUUUGCCAAAGUUCUACCUGCGGACAAAGUUCAGAGAGUCCGUUCUCUUCAAGAUCGAGGUGAGAAUGUCGCAAUGGUUGGUGAUGGAGUGAACGAUUCCCCGGCGUUAGUUGCCGCUGACAUUGGUAUUGCCAUAGGAACUGGAACUGACGUGGCUGUUGAGGCUGCAGAUAUUGUGCUUAUCAAGGAUGAUUUAAUGGAUGUUCCAGCAGCGAUUGAUCUAUCAAAAGUGACUGUGCGGAGAAUCCGAAUGAACUUUGUAUUUGCAUUUUUCUAUAAUAUAAUUGGGAUACCUAUUGCGGCUGGAGCAUUUCAUCACUGGGGUUUGGUGCUGCAACCUUGGAUGGCAAGUGCUGCCAUGGCCGCAUCAUCUGUAUCUGUCGUUUUAUCAUCACUCUUGCUUAAACUUUACAAGAAGCCAAGUGGAACCCCCAAGGGACGAAUCAAAUCCAGGAAAAAAGUAUACAGUCGUGUAUAAAAUGUUCACCCUCCAAUUAUAUCAAUUAAAGUAAUAUGAACGACAUAUAUUAUUGUAAAGGAAUGCAUAGCACACUUGUGUAUAAAACGCACGUAAUACAGGAUGCGACGUUAUUUAAGUGCGAAUACUACAUAUAUAUUUUUAACCCUGACGACUUGGACUUAUUGGCAAGGUACUAACCAACCGAACGCAAUUCCUCAACGUGGCUCCAUGAAAACUGUGGAUUAAUGACGUGUCAAACGUGCAUGUCGUUAAGUCGCUUUCGAUUAUGAUUUAAAAACAAUCACGAAUAUCAUUCUUAAUUGUCUGUCGUUGGAUGGACGACGCAAAAAGUUAUAUUUUAAAAGACUUAGCUUUUAUUUAGAUAUAAAUUUAGGGGACAUUUUAGGAAAAUAGUAAGGCUAGUUUAGAUGAAACCCGUAGGGGACAAAUAUUUUAAACACAACAAAUAUUUUAUUAACUGUGUCA